AAAAAUUUGUGUGAGAUCCACUAACUCCUUAUUUAAUUAAGAAAGAGAAAAAAAAUCCAGUUUUUUAAACGAAAUAUAUCUGUAAAAAUCAACAAAAAUCUUUGGCGGAUUCUCCCCGUUCAGAAGAAAAAGAAAUGUCUAUGUUUAUAUAUACCGCCACCACCCUCAGAAUUUCUCACUCCUUGGCCGCAGCUGCCUUCUCCUUGUCCUCGCCCAAAUAUACUCUCCGUCUCCCUUUCGCUUUUGCCCCCUCUUCCCUCUCCUCCUGGAUUGCUUCCUCCUGUCCUACCUACCCUAACCCACAUCUCUCUUUUCAUUCCCAACCUCCGUUUGCCAUGGGCGAUACUCCCGAUGCUGGCAUGGACGCCGUCCAGAGGCGCCUCAUGUUUGAGGACGAAUGCAUUUUAGUGGAUGAAAAUGAUAAUGUUGUUGGACAUGAAUCCAAAUACAACUGUCAUUUGUGGGAAAAGAUUCAAUCUGGAAACAUGCUGCACAGAGCUUUUAGUGUCUUUUUAUUUAACACAAAGUAUGAGUUACUCCUUCAGCAACGAUCGGCAACAAAGGUGACAUUCCCUCUUGUGUGGACAAACACCUGUUGCAGCCAUCCUCUGUACCGCGAAUCUGAGCUCAUUUAUGAGAAUUCUCUUGGGGUGAGGAAUGCUGCUCAAAGGAAGCUUUUGGAUGAGCUGGGCAUUCCUGCUAAAGAUGUGCCUGUUGACAACUUCACUCCACUGGGUAGAAUGCUGUACAAAGCACCAUCUGACGGGAAGUGGGGGGAACAUGAACUUGAUUACCUGCUAUUCAUUGUACGAGACGUUAACGUUAAUCCAAAUCCCGAUGAGGUAGCUGAUAUUAAAUACGUGAACCGUGAACAACUGAAGGAGCUAUUGAGGAAGGCAGAUGCUGGCGAGGAAGGUCUUAAACUCUCACCUUGGUUCAGACUAGUUGUGGACAAUUUCUUGUUCAAGUGGUGGGAUCAUGUUGAGAAAGGCACCCUCAAGGAAUCAGCUGAUAUGAAAACCAUUCACAAGUUGACUUGAGAAAAGCCGUUCUAGAGUCUAGGUGGGCAUAUUUUGAUGUUGAUCCAGAAGAAAGAUUCCAGGAGAAUUUGGACUUGAAAUGGUUCUGAGAAAUAAGGAUUUUUGGCUUCCUAUUGUUAUCUUUUUUCUAAAACUGGACAAGUUAAGUCAUUUGAUUCUAAAUUUUUGUUGUACCAUGAAACUGCCCAGGCGUGUAAUUUAGAUUUGGCUUCAAUAAAAACUUGUUUCUUUUUCUUGUUACCUGUUUUAACUAUGACCCU